GCGAGGCGAGGACGGGACGGGGCGGCGGGCGGAGCUGCGCGGCGCCCGGGCGGCUGGGACUGGCGCGGGAGUUUGCAGUAGACCAUCCUGCAGAAACAAGAAAAUGAUGAGCGAUGCAAGUGAGAUGCUGGCUGCAGCUUUGGAACAGAUGGACGGCAUUAUUGCAGGCUCCAAGGCUCUGGAGUAUUCCAAUGGCAUAUUUGAUUGCCAGUCUCCUACUUCUCCAUUCAUGGGGAGUUUGCGAGCUUUGCACCUGGUGGAGGAUUUGCGUGGCUUGUUGGAGAUGAUGGAGGCAGAAGAGAAAGAAGGUCUGCGGUGUCAAGUCCCUGAUACGACAGCGGAGAUGCUGAUGGAAUGGCUGCAGAGUCAAAUGACCAAUGGGCAUAUAUCUGUUAACGGAGAUGUGUAUCAGGAUCGGCUCACACGUUUGGAAAAUGAUAAGGAAUCUCUUGUUCUACAAGUGAGUGUUCUUACUGACCAGGUGGAGGCCCAAGGAGAAAAGAUCAGAGACUUAGAGCUCUGCCUAGAAGAGCACAGGGAGAAACUGAACGCAACAGAAGAGAUGCUGCAGCAGGAACUUUUAAGCAGAACGUCCCUUGAAACUCAAAAGCUAGACCUUAUGGCAGAAGUAUCUAAUUUAAAGCUCAAGCUGACCGCUGUGGAGAAGGACCAAGUAGACUAUGAAGACAGGUUCAGAGACUCAGAGGGUUUGGUGCAGGAAAUUCACGAAUUGCGCUUAAAAGUAGGAGAGAUGGAUAGUGAGAGACUUCAGUAUGAGAAAAAACUUAAAUCUACCAAAUCUUUAAUGGCCAAACUUUCUAGCAUGAAAAUCAAAGUGGGCCAGAUGCAGUAUGAAAAGCAGCGGACGGAGCAAAAAUGGCAGAUAUUGAAGGAAGAGCUAGCACCUUUGAAAGACAAACUGGAACAGAAGGAAGCAGAAAUAAAACGACUGCAGGAGAAACUGGCUCACCAGGCGAAAGGAGAAGUGGUUGACCCCAGUGACAGAGAUGAAAAUUGUAAAAAGAAGCUCAAAGACAAAAAUAUUGAGGUCCAGAAAAUGAAGAAGGCUGUGGAAUCUUUAAUGGCAGCAAAUGAAGAGAAGGAUCGGAAGAUUGAAGAGCUUCGACAGUCUCUCAACCGAUAUAAGAAAGUGCAGGAUAUGGUAAUACUGGCUCAGGGUAAAAAAGGCAAGGACGAUGAAUGUGAGGAACCUGCUUCAGCCGUUUUCUCAGAUUCACAGAAUCUAAGCAAAUCUGAGAAAAGUCUGCUUCCCACGGCAGCGUCAGACUCUCCCAACCACGAAGAAUUUAGAACGACACCUUCAGAAGAGAAUUCACUCCAGAUCCACACCAGUAUCUUGCAAGUUUCCAUCCCUUCUUUCUCACCAAUCUCCAGAUGUUCAGAAGCAUCGGCGGAAAAAGUGAAAGCCCAGCCUAAAAUGUCGGUUGCAAGCGAAAUCAGUGAAAGGAAAGCACCAUUGGCUUCCGUACAAAAUGACACAACAUUCCAGCUAAGUGACAUGAAAUUAACUUCAGUUCUGCAAAAAUCAAGCAGUUUGGGAAACUUGAAGAAGGAGCUGUGUGAAGAUAAAGACCCUGGAGAGAAGCCAGAAGAGAACGAGGUGCAAGUAGGAGGCAGCAAAUAUGGAACUCUUCCUCCAAAAUCUCCAGGGGAAGAUGAUGCCUUCGGGACCCGUAAAGCCCGGUCUUCGUUUGGGCGAGGCUUUUUCAAGAUCAAAAGUAACAAAAGAACAGCAAGCGCACCCAACUUGGACCGCAGUCGAAGUGCAAGCGCACCCACCUUAGCCGAAACAGAAAAAGGAUCCGCCGACAACCUGGAUCUGGCUAGUUUACCUCCCCGGCCAAAAGGUGGGCCUCUGACACCACCUUCUCCUCCUGACUCCAGAAAGAAAACAAGAGGAAUCAAAAAGCUGUUUGGAAGACUCAUGAGAAGCCAGUCGACUACAUUUAAUGCAGACGAUGUGUCAGAGACCGAAUUCAAAAGAGGAGGCACCAGAGCGACUGCUGGGCCCAGACUGGGCUGGUCAAGAGAUCUUGGGCAAUCCAAUACCGAUUUGGACACGCCGUUUGCUAAGUGGACCAAGGAGCAAGUCUGCAACUGGCUCCGGGACCAGGGCCUGGGCUCGUACAUCAACCACGGCAGGCACUGGAUCCUCUCUGGCCAGACUCUCUUGCAAGCCUCUCAGACGGAUUUGGAGAAGGAACUUGGUAUAAAGCAUCCACUGCACCGAAAGAAACUUCAACUUUCGCUUCAGGCAUUAGGGUCAGAAGAAGAGAACAGUCAUGGAAAGCUGGAUUACAACUGGGUUACAAGAUGGCUGGAUGACAUUGGACUCCCGCAGUACAAGACGCAGUUUGAUGAAGGAAAGGUGGAUGGCCGGAUGCUUCAUUACAUGACUAUUGAUGACUUGCUGUCCUUGAAAGUUGUGAGUGUCCUCCACCACCUCAGUAUCAAACGUGCCAUUCAAGUCCUCAGGAUGAAUAACUUCGAACCCAACUGCCUGCGCAGGAGGCCUUCGGAUGAGAAUAAUAUCACACCCUCAGAAGUUACCCAGUGGACGAAUCAUCGGGUGAUGGAGUGGCUGCGCUCUGUUGAUCUUGCGGAAUAUGCUCCCAAUUUGAGGGGAAGUGGCGUUCAUGGUGGCCUCAUGGUGCUGGAGCCUCGGUUCAAUGUGGAGACCAUGGCACAGCUGCUUAACAUCCCCCCCAACAAGACACUGCUGAGACGACACUUGGCCACCCAUUUCAACUUGCUGAUUGGGCAGGAGGCCCAGCAGCAAAAGCGCGAAGCUAUGGAGUCUCCAGAUUACAUCCUCUUAACAGCUACAGCCAAGGCGAAGCCAAAGAAACUUGCUUUUGGUAAUUUUGGAAAUUUGAGAAAGAAGAAGCAAGAUGAUGGGGAAGAGUAUGUGUGCCCAAUGGAUUUAGGACAGGCAUCAGGAAGCGGCUCAAGCAAAGGGUUUCGUCCGGGUUUAGACAUCCAGCCGUAUGAUGAUGAUGAUCUGGACAGACUAGAGCAGAUGGAAGAUUCAGAAGGAACUGUGAGACAAAUAGGAGCGUUUUCUGAAGGCAUCAACAACUUGACUCACAUGCUAAAAGAAGAUGAAAUGUUCAAAGACGUCGCUACUCGUUCUCCUAGUGCCAGUAUAACAGAUGAGGACUCUAACGUGUGACUGCAGCACCGUUGGACACAGAGAGGACCCUCAUUCUGCCAGGACUGUCACUGCCGUCUGUGCUGGGGACAGAAGAUCACGCGACUUAAACUAGCUGUUGCUUCUGUUUCUUAGCCGUGAUAUAUUUCAGGUGAAUAAUGAAGAGGUGCCUAUCUAUUCUCAAGUUGCCAUAAAUGAAAACAAAAAACCCAGACCUGUACAAAUGAGAGGGACGUACUUAAUUUUGUCUGUAGUGCCGAAACUUGUGACACGUUUCAAAGCAUUGUAUUUGAUGUAUUUAACACGGCUGCCAUAAUGUUCCUACACGUAAUUGUGCCAUAAGAUAUAUUUGGAUAUUUCUUUUUCUGCAAAAUCAUAUAGUAUGAAAAUGAUUGGCCAUAGACCUCUGGAACCACCGUCCACUGGAACUUCAUCAGCAGGAGAACAGGAAUAAAAAAACAUGCCAAGCGGCGUUCCUGGUUGUAUGAAUUGAUCAAAAGUAAAUGGCCAAUUUAUGCGUUCAGUGUCCAGUGUUGGCACCCUGCUAUACCAUCACAUACACAAUCCCUGAAAUCUAAAUUCUAUUUGUCUUAUUUUUAUACAAUUUUUAUUAAAAGUAGAAAAAUGUAUUGAGUACAUACAAACCAGAAGUUUUAUAUUGUGAUGCAAGGUGAUGAAGAUCACUUUUUUUUUUAAAGAAAGGAUUACAGUUUGCAAACCAGCUGGUUACUGGAGAAGUCAGACUGGCAUUGAGACAACUUGUACCCUCCUCACACACACACACACACACACACCCCGGUGAUGCCUGCAUUCUUACAUUAGGAAUGAAGUGAUUGGAAACUAUGGUUUCUGUGUGCAUAAUUUUUUAAAAAGGGGGUUUUUUGCAUAAAAACUAGAUUUUGAUAACCUUUUUAAAGUUUUGCCACUUAAAACAGCACAAACUGAGAAAUGCCUUGGUCUUUGUGAAGAGAGCCAAUUACCAUCCUGUGACGGAGCAGGGAGUAACCAUUAGCCACGCUGCUUUAUUUUACAGUAUUAAGUCCAGACAUGGGGUCUUCUUGCCUUCUGUGUACAACUGACCAUACUGAAACACGUUGACAGAUAUUUAUGCUUGUUUUUAAGUGAAGAACACUGUUCUGAAUUCUUAAACUGUUAACUUGUAAAAUUCAGAUUAGCUAGUAAAGCUGCUUGCCAAGCUUUCAGCCGUUAGUCUUCCUGUUUCAUCUGCCUCCCCACCUCCCCACCCUCAGCAGCUACCCAGAAAACGGAUAACCGUUUUGCUGCUUGCUUAGAACGGAAUUGCUGCAGAUGUUGGCAAGGAAUUGUUCACACUGCAAUUGCUGCUUUUGAAACAAAGUGUUGGAACAGCACUUGUGGAAAGGCCAUUGGAGGAAUGAUGAAGGUAGGCUCUUGACACAUGCCCAAGCGCUACUUGCGGUUCCUGCCCCUGUCAACCCAGAGCCUCCCUAGGUGACCCCCCUGGCACAGAGUUCCUGGCGCUAGAACAUUUCAGACUGCAGAUGAGAACCCAGUGUUGAAAUGAUGCCCCACAGAAAAAUCACCCUCUCCACAAAAGGCCGACGUACCAGGGAGAAGGUCUGAGCCCCUCCUUCUCUUGGACAUGCUAGUUUUCUGCUUGCAAGGAGUUUUACAUGAGGAAGUACGAUCUCUUUAUUCUGAAGUGGAUCUCUGUACACUUGAUUUAUUUGAAUGUCCAGACUGGCCCUCCCUCCAUCUGACAUUCUGAGCUGAAGCUGGCCCAUAAAUGUGCUGCUUCCUACAUAUUCCCAUUGUAUUAAGACUAAUCAUAUUCUCUGUUCUAUCAAAGACUGCGGUCAGCAUCUGUAUAUUUAACUUUCAUUCAGAGGAACUUGCCAAUAAAUUUAUACUCAGGGUUGUCUGUCCAAAAAGAUUCCCGUAGAACUUAGGUAAGCACCUCAUUCCUUUGACUGCCUGAGCUGCUUUGAAUGAAUGCAGGAAGUGCCCAGCGGGUUAAGGGCCAAGACCCCUGGCAUCAUUAAACGCGUGUUUAUGAGUGAAGAAAUUCACUUUCUCUGAAUACACAGUAGGAUCUACCAACAACACCAUAAGGUUGUUCAGGGUUACUUCAUAAAAAAAUACUGCAUGUAACCUGACAUGUUGUACUCCUGGAAGUCAACUUCACUGUUGUGCAAACAUUAGUUGCAUAAAAAGGGGUUAAACUAAGUAGAUAAGCAGACCAGGAUGUGGGCUAAAGUGCUUACGAAUGCAGAGACUCAAACAAGAAGAAUGAUUUUCACCUAGUUGGAAUGUCGCAUGCAUUAAGAUUUCUCAUUUUUUCUGCAUCCUGAUAUAAAUGCAAGUCAAUUCAGACAUGGUGACCAUUUUUCUGGUUACAUAAGUCCUUUGAACCAGUUGGUCUUUUACUAUUUCCGUGGGGUUGGGGAAGAGUAAUAUAAAACACUAAUAAUUAAGCCAAACAAGUUAACUUGAAUGUAUGCGCAUGAAAUAUCUUCAUGGUAUUUUAUUUGGUUCUGGUUUAUACAAAGAGGUCAGCAUAAACUUUUAUGUAUUGCCAUGUUAAGUAAAUAAAAUGCCUACUCAGAAAUAAAAA